AUGCCACAUCCAUCCAGUGCCUUUUACAGCUUCCUUCCAGCAUGGGGCACCAACGGAGUCCGGACACCCAAUCAAAUGCUCCAUUUCUCUGGUGACCCAAAACAUAUCUAUUUAUGUCUCCUGUGGUCAACCAUAAUCCUGUGCCUCCUUCCUGCCACCAAUGCUGCCACCAUCAAGGUUGGCGUGGUGGGACCGUGGUCAUGUGACCCCAUCUUCACUAAAGCCCAACCUGGCGUGGCCGCACGUUUGGCAGUGGCACACAUAAACAAGGAUCCCUACCUUUCUCAGGGCAUCACCUUUGAUUAUAUCAUCCUGGACGAGGACUGUGAAACAUCCAAGUCUUUUGCCCGUUUUUUGGGUUAUUACACACGGGCGUCUGGGUUUAUUGGUCCGGUGAACCCAGGCUACUGUGAAGCUGCUUCUCUGUUAGGGAAGAGUUGGAAUAAGGCAGUGUUUUCCUGGUCUUGUAUUGGACGUGAGCUGGAUGAUGUCCGUAGUCAUCCUACGUUUGCCCGCACCAUGCCAGUCCCGUCCCUUGCGCUGUUGAGCUUCAUGCGGCACUUUCACUGGGCACACGUGGGCAUCAUUUCAUCAGCUGAGGAUGUCUGGGUGGAGGCAGCUAUAAAGCUGGCCAAUGCCCUGCGGAGUCAUGGAUUGCCUGUUGGGAUUGUGGCGUCAGCUCGCAAUGACCACACCAGUGUCCGUCAGACCCUGGCCAAAGUCAGGAAAGUGGCAGAUCUCCGCUUGGUCAUCUUGGUCAUGCACUCCGUGUUGAUUGGUGGAGGAACCCAGAAGCUGCUGCUGGAAACAGCUCAUGACAUGCGGAUGACAGACGGCUCGUUGGUGUUUAUAUCCUACGAUACUCUCUUUUACAGUCUGCCCUACCAUCACGUUACUCAACCAGCCCUGCGCUAUAACAGCAAGCUGCUACGCGCAUAUGACGCUGUGCUCACCAUCACUAUUGAGUCUCCGAAGGAACAGUCUUUCUAUCAAGCUUUUGAAAAGGCACAGGAGGAUGGAGAGUUACCCAAACACUUCAAACCACAGCAGGUGUCCCCAUUAUUUGGCACCAUCUACUCGUCGAUUGUGUUUAUGGCCCAUGCUGUGCAAAGUGUCAGGUCUGCUGGUCAGUGGAUGUCCGGUGGGAACAUCGCCCAGAAUGCCCGAAACCUGCUAUUCAAAGGGGGGUCUAGCUUACAAGCAAACUCUUCUGAUCUUGGGAUGUUGGACUAUGUGGUGCUGGACACAGAUGGCUUUUCUUGGGAGUUGCAACCUACGUACCGUAUAGAGAUGCAGACAGAAAUGGUGAGGUUUCUGGGUCGGCAUAUUCAUUUCCCCCAUGCAGGACCACCCAGAACUGAUUCCAGCUGCUGGUUUACUCAUGGGAUCAUCUGCCGUGGAGGCGUGAAUCUUUUCCACAUGAUUUCAAUGUUCCUGCUUGGAUUUCUGUUCAUCUUUUUGUCGAUUGGCUGUUCUUACUGCAUCAGGCGUAAAAUUAAUAAGAUUCGACUGGUACGAGGUCCGAACAAGAUUUUACUGACGUUAAAUGACGUAACGUUCAUCAACCCAUCGCUGAGUAAUAAGAAGCUGAGCGUGGAUGACAGCAAGGCCAGUGACACCAGAAUGAGCAUUUCGGAGCGAAGCCUCGUUUCUCCAAUGUCCAGUCAGUCGCCAGCCACCUACGAAAAUUCUAAUGUUGCCAUUUAUGAGGGUGAUUGGGCCUGGAUGAAACGACUUCCCUAUGGAACCUUCCGGAGCAUCACUCCUAAUACAAGUGAUGUAUUUGAACUGAUGAAGGAUUUGAGGCACGAGAACAUUAACCCAUUCCUCGGCUUCUUCCAUGACUGCGGGGUCUUUGCCAUUGUGACAGAGUUCUGUUCACGAGGCAGUUUGGAGGAUCUGUUGGUCAACGACGACGUAAAACUGGACUGGAUGUUCAAGUCCUCUCUCAUUCUGGACCUCAUCAAGGGAAUGAAAUACCUUCACCACAGGAACGUCUGCCAUGGCAGACUGAAAUCCAGGAACUGUGUGGUUGAUGGGCGUUUUGUGCUCAAAAUCACAGACUAUGGCUACAACGAGGUGUUAGAAUCUCAGAGAUUUCCUUAUAUUGAACCACCAGCUGAAGACCUGCUGUGGACGGCCCCUGAGAUACUGAGAGGGUCCUACCCAGGUCUGCAUGGCACUCAUUCUGGCGAUGUGUACAGCUUCUCAAUCAUCAUGCAAGAAGUGGUCAUGCGAGGGCCUCCCUUCUGCAUGCUAGAGAAUACUUUUGAUGAAAUUGUCCAGAAGGUCCGGAAGCCUCCGCCAAUGUGCCGCCCGAUUGUAUCUCCAGAUCACGCUCCAAUGGAGUGCAUUCAGCUUAUGAAGCAGUGCUGGAAUGAACAGCCGGAGAAAAGACCCACUUUUGAUGAAAUCUUUGAUCAGUUCAAGAAUGUUAAUAAAGGGAAAAAGACCAACAUUAUCGACUCCAUGUUGCGAAUGUUGGAGCAAUAUUCCUCCAACCUGGAGGAGCUGAUCAGGGAAAGGACAGAGGAGCUGGAAAUAGAGAAACAAAAGACAGAGAAACUCCUGACGCAAAUGUUGCCCCCGUCAGUGGCAGAGGCUCUGAAGCUCGGCACUACAGUUGAACCAGAGCAUUUUGAGAGCGUCAGUCUCUAUUUCAGUGAUAUUGUUGGCUUCACCACGAUCUCAGCCAACAGCGAGCCCAUUGAGGUGGUUGACCUCCUUAAUGACCUUUACACAACCUUUGAUGCUGUAAUUGGCAAUCAUGACGUCUACAAGGUGGAGACCAUCGGUGAUGCUUACAUGGUGGCAUCAGGUGUGCCCGUUCCCAAUGGGAACCGACAUGCAGCUGAGAUUGCAAACAUGGCCCUGGAUAUCUUGAGUGCUGUUGGCACCUUCAGGAUGAGACAUAUGCCUGAUGUUCCGGUCCGCAUCCGAAUAGGACUUCACACAGGUCCCUGUGUGGCUGGUGUAGUAGGUUUGACCAUGCCGCGGUACUGUCUGUUCGGGGACACUGUCACCACUGCCUCCAGAAUGGAGUCUACAGGACUGCCAUACAGAAUCCAUGUCCAUUCAAGCACAGUGAAGAUACUGAUGGAGCUGAAAUUGGGGUACAAAGUAGAGCUGAGAGCCAGGACAGAACUCAAGGGCAAGCGUAUAGAAGAAACCUACUGGCUGACCGGGAGGGACGGCUUCACCAAACCGCUGCCCAUGCCGCCCGUGCUCAAGUCAGGGCUUGAAUCAAAAGAUUUUAAGGUGAUGCUCAAGAAAGCAGUGAGGAAGAUCUCCACUGUGCGUCAGGUGGCUCAGCUCACCCUGUCAGAUGAGGGGAAUGUCAUGAUCCACCAUCAUGAUCUUUAACCUUUACCUUUCUGACGACACACCUGCAUGCUAAAGGAAACUGAAUGUGGAGAAAGGGACAACAAGCUAAACAUGCCUGUUUUACUUAAAGGAACACUUCACAUUUUUUGGCUAAUUUUGCAACUCCUCAAAAAAUAGUUGAGUUUUACCAUUUUUGAAAUUAUUAAGCCAAUCUCCAGGGCUCAGUUUUUUUUGGAUGAAAUUGGUUCAGAUUUGGAAAUCCGUGUUUUGCUAUCCAGGAUUAACUGAUCUAUCUUACUUUUUUGUUUUUUAAAGGAACAUAGGCUUCACUGUCGCCUUAAGGCCCGAUUGUGAAGAGAAGUUGCGAAACAAAUCCCGCAGAGCCUUUAUCUUAAUCUUAAAUUAGAGCUGUAAUCAUGCGAUAAAUGUUAGGCCCAACAGGGCCAGAGCCCAUCAGAAUUCCGCCAGAGUCCGACAAGUACAUUUUGAUUGACAGAUUUUUAAAAACCCGAACCUGUUUACAGCCAGACAUUAUUCAAAUAUUUUUUUUUAAGUAUGAGUAGUUUAUACGUGUUUUAACAUAAUUUAUUCAUAACAAAUGUAGGCUAUAGGCCACUUAAAAGUUGGAACAAAGAAAUAAAAUAAGUGCUCUGCAACAUCGUAACAUCUCAGCACUCU